CUACUUUCUAUUCACGUGUGUACUCAAUUAGAUAAAAACCCGGUUUGUUUGGAAUCAUGGCCAGUAGUAGUAAAAAGCGAUGUGUCGUACCAGAGAACAUGUCUGUUGGAUUCAUAGGAGCAGGAAGAAUGGCUCAGGCCAUGAGCAGAGGGUUCAUAGAGUCUGGAAUGAUACGUGCCAACAACAUAGUUGCUAGUGACCCUGAUGCCAGUAUGCUAGGGUUUAUACAGAAACUUGGUGUAAAUACAACAGAAGACAACAAAGAAGUUGUUGCUAAAAGUGAUCUCAUCUGCAUUGCAGUCAAACCAAAUAACGUCUCCAAAGUCCUAGAGGAGGUGGCGCCGGUAGUCACCACCAAGAACAUAUUUCUCAGUAUAGCUGCUGGGAUAAAAAUUGGGAUGAUAGAAAAACUUUUACCAGAGAAGACACGAGUGAUUCGUGUAAUGCCAAACACACCAGCUUUGGUCCAGUCAGCUGCCUCUGUAUUUGCCAUGGGAUCUUAUGCACAGAAUGGUGAUGGUGAUCUUGUUGCGGAACUACUCAGUAGUAUUGGUAUAUGUGAGGAGGGUAAAGAAUCUCUACUAGAUGCUGUCACAGGCCUGAGUGGCAGUGGUCCAGCAUAUGCAUUUGCCGCGAUUGAGUCAAUGGCAGAUGGAGGAGUAAAAAUGGGACUACCAAGAGACUUGGCACAAAAGCUUGCAGCGCAGACCAUGCUUGGUGCUGCUAAGAUGGUCCUUGAAUCAGGAAAACACCCAGGAGAAUUAAAAGAUGGCGUAUGUAGUCCAGCAGGAACAACAAUUGCUGCUAUGCACAAAUUAGAAAAGGCAGGAUUCCGGGGUGCUCUAAUAGAUGCUGUCGAGGCUGCCACACUCCGAGCCCGAGAACUGGGAAGUUAAAUGUGAGGACCAUUGAUAAUGAACUAUAAAACAGAUACAGUUUCAUACAUGGUACCAAAGUUGUGAUGAAUAUCAUAUUGUUUUUUGUUGUAUGACAUGAAUAGUAUGUUUCAUCUAUCUGUUGGAUCAAACGUAAAAAUUCAUUGAAAAAGGUACAUGGUGAAACAGUAUCAUGUAAGUUCAUUUUAAUUAUGGACUAACACAGUUGACAGUUUAUUGCAUGAGUUCAGUUACAUAUAUAGAUAUGCAGUUACUAACCUAAUCCUGAAAUACUAUGGGACCAUAUUGAGCAAGAAUAUUACAGUUGCACCAUGAACAUUAGAAAAAAAACAAUUUAGGAGAACUUAUAUGAAGCCAAUGCUUUGUGCAAUAGGCAGGGAAACAUCUAUAACUCCAAUAGAUGUAAUAUGUGAUAUAUGUGUCAUUCAGAAAUUUUGUUAUGUAGUAAAACUACAACAAAAAUGUGGAUGAUUUCCAUCUAUUGUCAGAGACUUUAAACACAUGUUUUAUCUGUUCACAAGAACUAAGAAUACUUUUAAACAACUGAAUCACACCAGAAUAGCCUGACAAUGGUAAGGUCAGAUACUCUUGUCACAAAUGGCGGACAUAACCGUCGCUUCAACUCUUUAAUCACUUGGUCCUAAUUUCAUGGGAUUUUAUCGUCGCUAAUUCUGUGCAUGUAAGCUCUUGUGGUGAUGUAUCAUAUGAAAUCCCAAUUUCAAUCAAAUUUGGUCAUGAAUCGCCAGAAUAUAGCCUCUUCGAUAUCGUCAAUGACAACAGAAUCUGAAUUUGAUAUAAUUUACAAAGAUGGCAUAUGGUAAUACAGUGUCCGUUGUCCCGUAUCUCAUUUUGAUCUGUGGUAUUUCGAUUGGUAGAACAUUAUUAACUGUACAAUGA